ACUACUCAGCUCAAGUGGGGUUGUAGAACCCCCUAGAACGCUGUUGGAGCCUUCGAAGGUAACCCGCACGAACUGGAACAUGGCCAGGCAAUUAGUCGACCAAUUUUGGCGUCGCUGGAUCAACGAAUACCUUCCCACAAUCGCCAAAAGGACGAAAUGGCACAGCGAGGCAGAGAACAUCCAGGUUGACGACUUGGUGCUUAUAGUUAAUGAAGGCCAAAGAAACGGAUGGACAAGAGGACGAGUCUUGACGGUGAUCCCUGGACGAGACGGCCGAAUUCGCCAAGCAACGAUCCAAACAUCAGCCGGAAUUCUACGUCGACCAGUGUCCAAACUGGCAGUGCUGCAGGUACAACGCGUGAGUAACGCCGAGCCGGAACCGGAAAGGCGUUACGGGUCGGGGGAUGUAAACGGCAUGGGCAGCACUGACGAUAAAACGCAGAACGGUAGCCCCUCGUCAAAAGGCAGCUACAUCUUCAGCCCUGGAGCUGACAAGCCGAGCCAUCGACGAUCGAAUCGGCUCGCGAACGUCAACAAGAAGCAAGACCACUUAAAGUAGAACACGAAGCGACACCUGCAAUUAGAAACCACCCAGACCAGCAUAGCUGAUAGCUUAGGCCUGCUUGAUUAUCGAGCAUAUCGAGAACGCGGAAAGAAGAAC